UUCUUUUCCUUGACCGUCUCUUCCUCUCUUUCGCUUCUUUAUUGCAGCAGCAUCCAUAAAAAAAUUUACUAACCAAGAAAGCAAUUCAGAAGUUCAAAGCUUUGAUCAAAACCCACAAAAGAAAUCAAUCAAAGAAACAAUCUUUGAUCAAGAAGAAUGAGGAGGAGACCUGGUAUUGGUGGGUUACAAACAGCAGCUGCUGCAAGGGAUCAAUAUCGGUUACUAGGAGAAAAUGUAGCAAAGCUAAGAACUGAUCUUAUGAAAGAACAGCUUGCCACUUUCCGUUCUCAGCUUGAAGAUUUUGCCCGUAAACACAAGAAUGAUAUUCGAAAGAACCCAACUUUCAGGACGCAAUUCCAUGAGAUGUGUGCUAAAGUUGGAGUGGAUCCACUGGCAUCGAAUAAAGGUUUUUGGGCAGAGCUGUUAGGGAUCGGUGACUUCUAUUAUGAACUUGGAGUGCAAAUUGUAGAGAUAUGCUUGGCAACAAGACCUCACAAUGGAGGUUUGAUCAAUCUGCAAGAACUCUGUGCUCUGCUUCGGCAGAAACGAAAAAGUGAUCGUGAAGCUGUGUCAGAGGAUGACUGUUUGCGUGCUAUAAGUAAGCUGAAGAUAUUGGGCAGUGGUUUUGAGGUGAUUUCUGUUGGGAAAAGAAAGCUUGUUCGGUCAGUUCCAACUGAAUUGAACAAAGACCAUAAUGAAAUUCUGGAGCUGGCUCAGGCUCAAGGUUUUGUGACUGUUGAUGAGUUAGAGAGACGGCUUUCUUGGACAUCUGGUCGUGCUACUGAUGCCCUUGAUACUUUAUUAGAUGAAGGACUUGCUAUGAUUGACGAUGGCCAUAGAGAUGGCAAACGCCGCUAUUGGUUCCCCUGUGUAUCUUCCAUCUCCACUUCAGUGGUUUCUGAUAUUUAAUACGUGGUUCUUUGUCUCUCCACGUCGUUUAUACUUGUACACCGACUUAAAAGUGCCUUAGGCAUUCGAUUUUUCUCCUCCGUAUUUGUUGUGUUGGAGGUGCUAUGAAAGUUUCAAAUACAAUUUUGACAGAAAUUGAUGUA